UGUGUGUUGAGAAGUGGGUGUCGCUGUGCAUGCUGGUCCAAGAGGAACAGAAACACGGUGCAGAGAGGGAAGACACCUCGAACGCUGCUUACUUUGUUAAAUGCGAGCUGAGAGUGCUGUGACUAUUGGUGUAGGGUUCAAAGUCGAUUGUAAUCUGCAGUUUUGGAUUUUUGCCAACUCGGAUUGAGUUUUGCUAGGUGAAAGCGGGAGCAAUACAAUGUAUCCAUGCCCGACCUCUCAUUGCUUCGCGGUCCUCUGACGAGCUCAAACCCACUGUCUAUGGAGGGACAAACGAAAAGCGCAACGCUCAGGUACCAAGUACCCCCAUUUCGGUUAUCUGGGAGAUGGUAACAAAUGAACGGCACUGGAGGGAACAUGGUUGAGAGGACCAGCAAAUUUUUGUUGAUCGUCGUCGGAUCCGUCUUCUUCAUGCUGAUUCUAUAUCAGUACGUGGCUCCUGGGGUGAUGAACUUCGGGUCUCCGCAGGGGUACCUCGCCGAGGACAACAUGGAUAUUUUCCCCACUCCGGAUCCCCAUUAUGUGAAAAAGUACUACUUCCCUGUCAGGGACUUGGAACGCACCGUUGAUUUCGAGAUCAAGGGUGAAGAUGUGAUCGUGUUUCUUCACAUACAGAAAACUGGCGGAACCACUUUUGGCAGGCAUCUGGUGCAAAAUGUUAGACUAGAAGUCCCGUGUGAUUGCAGACCAGGGCAGAAAAAGUGUACAUGCUACCGUCCCAACAGAAAGGAGACCUGGCUGUUUUCGAGGUUCUCCACUGGCUGGAGUUGCGGGUUACAUGCGGAUUGGACCGAACUCACAAACUGCGUUCCUGGAGUGCUCAACAAGAGAGAAAAUAAAUCAAAAAAACUGAGGAAGUUCUACUACAUAACCCUGCUGAGGGACCCUGUGUCACGCUACCUGAGUGAGUGGCGCCACGUGCAGCGCGGCGCCACCUGGAAGACGUCCCUCCACAUGUGCGACGGGCGCACACCUACGCCCGAGGAGCUGCCGCCCUGCUACGAGGGUACGGACUGGUCAGGCUGCACCCUGCAACAGUUCAUGGACUGCCCCUACAACCUGGCCAACAACCGGCAGGUGCGCAUGCUCGCCGACCUCAGCCUGGUGGGCUGCUACAACCUCUCCACGGUGCCCGAUAAGCGGCGCUCGCAACUUCUCCUCGAGUCGGCCAAGAAGAACCUGCGCGACAUGGCCUUCUUCGGUCUGACGGAGUAUCAGCGCAAGACGCAGUUCCUGUUCGAGCGCACCUUCCGACUGCGCUUCAUCCGGCCUUUUGUGCAGUACAACAGCACGCGGGCGGCCGGAGUGGACUUGGACAACGACACGGUGGCGCGCAUCGAGGAGCUCAACGACCUGGACAUGCAGCUGUAUGACUACGCUCGCGACCUCUUCCAGCAGCGCUACCAGUACACUCGGCAGCUGGAGAGACGGGCGCAUCGCUUGGCACUUCGGAGUCACGGGCUGGACCCCCGUGAUUUACUCAGAGAGGAGGGUGGUGUGGGGGGCGAGGGGACAGCCAGGCUGCCCACAGAGGACUACAUGAACCACAUAAUUAACAGGUGGUAGCCCCUAUCCCAUCCCACCCCAACCACCCACUUUCCUGAUCUCCCCAUUGUCUGGAAUGGUGAGAUUGCAUCAGAGUGAAUGUUUAGGAAAGGUGAGAUUUGGCACUUAUGGCUCGAGAGGAAGAAAGUUGCAGAGGAUUGGGUGCUGCAGUGGUUUACCUACAGACUUUGCAUGAGGCGAGCUGUGGGUUGCGAACCAGAUGAUAUCACUUCCAGCUACUGGAUGACAUAGUCCUUCUGGUCUUCUUGGACUAUGUGGACUCAUGAUAAACCUGAGUCACGGGGCUUUGUGAUUGGAAGCCCAUGAUAAACCUGAGUCAUGGGGCUUUGUGAUUGAAAGCCCAUAAUAAACCUGAGUCAUGGGGGUUUGUGAUUGGAAGCCCAUGAUAAACCGGAGUCAUGGGGGUUUGUGAUUGGAAGCCCAUGAUAAACCGGAGUCAUGGGGGUUUGUGAUUGGAAGCCCAUGAUAAACCGGAGUCAUGGGGGUUUGUGAUUGGAAGCCCAUGAUAAACCGGAGUCACCCUCUGGAGUUCUCGGAGCAACAACUGUCUCUACUCAGAUUCCCAAUGGAGCAAAAGAAAAACGAUGGAUAAUUCCUUUACAAAGUAACCAGACUUGUUUUACUUUCCGUUCUGUGUCUUGGCCCAUCAGAAUAACAUAUGUGCUUAAUAUGUUGUUGUAAGGAAUUACAAAGCAGUGAGAUGGGAGAUUACCUGUACUGGACAUUUCCGACGAGCCAUCUUUUUAUUUAUUAACAUUGCUUUCUGAUCGUUUGAAAUACAUAUUUUUCCAAUGUGAGAGACUAUUUGGCUCGGCUUGAAAUACAGUUUGACACUUGUAAGUUAUAAAAGUCAUGAUGGUGACUUAAAAAAAAAUAUUUCAUAACAUACUCAUCCAUUUGCUGAAAGGUUACUAACAUUUGCAAUCAAAGUUUAGAGCUAUAUCUUAAUAGAGAUGAUGCAUAGUGUUUUUUUUGUUUUUUUUACACUUGUAUGUUUUUACCAUUUUGUCAAUGUCGUGUGAAGAGGCCAGUUUCUUUGGUUCCGAUGUAUUUUCAUUUGCCCGUUGUACUGUGAUCUGUACACUAAAGGAGAUGUACAGAAUUGAAUGAAAUAUUUGGCAAAGGUUUGUCCAGGAACAUUUCUGACCACAACCUCCAUACAACAAUUGAUGCUCAACAGGAGACCGACCGAGGGUCUCGCACUGAAGGGGAAACAGGAAACACUGUCUUAUUAUUACUUGUACAAAAUAAAACUUCUGUGAGUGUGUGCAUGUGUGUAAGUGUGUGUAUUGUAAGUGUGUGUAUGCGCGUCCAUUUGUUCCUGAGCUUUCAUGCUCAAUUCAUUUCCUUCUGAUUGGGAUCAAAUGUGUCACCUAAAACCAGAACUUAAACGGUGAAAUGGAUGGAUUAUCCAUUGAGUUUGCCAUGCUCCUCGAUGUGCGUCUGUUGGGGCAUUAUAAAACUAUGUAAAAUAAAGUGCAUCAGGUUCCAUAUUAAAGAGGUGAAGAAUGCACAGCCACUUGUCAACCAUAAGCUCUUGUUUUUGUUAAUAAUACAUUUUUUUUGUAAACUGAAAUAUGAUGAUCCCCUGGUAAACUGUGUUUAAUUAACAUUCUAACAGAAUGUGUCUGGACAUGAUAUAACCCUCAUCAAUCAAUACUGGUGUAUAUGGAGCCUUCACAACUAUCCUAUUUAAAAUUCAAUUCCCAAAGUCCCCCAUCCAACAACAAACUGUAGUCCCACAGGCAUAGCCAGUACUAAAAACAGACCCAAGACUAAUUGCUUGGGGAGUGUUAAGAUGCUAAUGCAUUAUUAUUAAGGAAAUUUGGACCAGUGUGUGCAGAUCCUGCGAAUGACUGUCUUUUCAUCAAGAACAUAAUGUUUGUUUUAGUGACGAAUACUUACAUUAUGUCCAAUCCUCUCCGGAGCGGAGGUAUAAUGAUUGGUAGCAGGAGACUUCUCUAAUGCAAAGUAUUUUUAUCUUAUUUGAGAAAGAUAGCUUUGGGGAAGAUGGAUUACGAAGCUAUGGGUUUAGACAAAUCGUUACAGAAUGAAGUGUAUGUGUGUGCGUGCAGUCGUGUGAGAUAAAGAGAAAGCAAAAGAGUGAGAGAACAAGAGAAUUUGGUGAAGUGGGACAUUUCUACAUGGGCUCUGGUCUGGUUUUACCCAUAUUGUAUUAUUGCUGUGAGUAUUUCUGUUCUUCAAGCAGAUUGGAUCUUCUAUUCAACAAUAAAAAAUAAAAAAGAUAUUUCUUUGUA